GAAAGAAGAUAUGGAGAAAAGCAAGUCACAACAUGCAGAUGCUACUAUGUUAGAGCCUAAAGCUAAGAAGCACUUUGUACUUGUUCACGCGGCAUGCCAUGGAGCCUGGUCCUGGUACAAGAUUGUGGCACUGCUGAGAUCUUCAGGGCAUAAUGUCACAGCUCUGGACUUGGCUGCUUCAGGAAUCAACCCGAAACAGACCUUCGAAGUUCCACUUUUUUCUGAUUACUUGAUUCCGCUAAUGGAGUUCAUGGCUUCUCUUCCUGCACAUGAAAAAGUCGUUCUUGUAGUCCAUAGCUACGGUGGACACGCCAUUUCUAAACAUAACAGAUCAUCUCAUUGCUAA